AGUCGCAUAACGGAAUACGUUACAAAAUACAUUUUGGGGCAUGUAAUCUGUAAUCUGUAGUGGAAUACAUUUUAAAAGUUACCUUCCCAACACUGAUCACCCUGAGUAUGUAUCUGUACAGUACACAGGUCCGAUUCCGGCCGAGCGAGGGGCGGAGCUCACCAUGGGCGGAGGUCGCAGCGAGACCUCUGCACUGACCGGGACGGGAGGGGGGCGGGGCACGGCCACUACCCAAAAUUCCCAGCGGCCCAACGCCUGCUGCUUCUGCUGGUGCUGCUGCUGCAGCUGCUCAUGUCUCACUGUCAGGAAUGAAGAGGAGAGGCAGAGGUGGAGGAGGAGGAAGAAGAUACCGGACACAAAGAUGGAAACCAUUCCAAACUGUGAAGCUUGCACCAAACCAUCGUUAGAAGAGAUCCGGCUGUGGUCUCAGUCCUUCGACAAGCUGAUGAGGAAUCCAGCAGGUCGAAAUGUUUUCCGGGAGUUCCUGCGGACAGAGUACAGCGAGGAGAACAUGUUGUUUUGGCUCGCCUGCGAGGACCUCAAACAGGAGAUGAACAAGAGCGCCAUUGAGGAGAAAGCUCGUUCCAUCUAUGAAGACUACAUUUCUAUUCUGUCACCAAAAGAGGUAUGACUGUUUUUCAGCUGGGGUUACACCAGUGCUCACUGUUUGGAGGACCAGUGUGUGAACUAUACAACAGGUGCACAGAGCUGUAAGAUGUAAGGUGUGUCUAAGUCAGAGCUGUGAUUGCUCUGUUACAAAAACACUGGAUACAGGUUCUGACACCAGGAUUUACUUCCUGUUUACGCAUUCUCAUUGCUAUCCUCGAAGAAACCAACUCCAGACUUUUUUGGAAAAAAAUUCUUCAUUUAAUCCCAAACGCUACAGAAAGAGUGCGUAUUUCUCCCACAUUAGCUUCUAAAAUCCAGGUGUUUACAGGUGCACCUUACAGCCGUACGUCUUGGAUUUUCAGCACUGGCACUCUCAGUGUUCGGGUUUUCUUUCUUUAAGGAGGUAAAGAAAAUAUUUAAUUGAUUUCAGCAGUUGAAAUGACAAGUUACAGCACCACCAAGGCUGAGGCAAUGUAUCUGGAGACUUCUCUCCAACCUCUGGCUGUGGAGGAGCGUCUGCUCCGUGGGUUCUGAGUCAGCUGAUCUGUCGGUCGAGCCACACCAGUAAGCUGUGGGGAGCAGAAAUGUGUCUUCAGUUAUCAUUUUUGCUUCUGACAGUUCAAAAUGAGUCAAACUGUAUUGCCAUAGAAUCUUUUCAGAUAGCAUCAGAGAGAAAAACAGAAAAGUUCCCAAAAGCAGGUUUAAAAGGUUUUUAGCUGCUUUGAGAAGGAACCCAAUGAGAUGUCAGACUCAGGGGGAGACAGCGCCACAGUUUGGCCACUGAUGGAAAAGCUCCGCCUCCUUUAGAUCUUGUUUGCUGCACAGCCAGCAGACGGCCUCGGGGACCUGCUGGGGCUGCAUGGAUGUACCCUGGUGCUCAUCCAUCCAAUUCAAUUCAAUUCAAUUUUAUUUAUAUAGCGCCAAAUCACAACAUAAGGCGCUUCAUAGAUACAGAGAAAAACCCAACAAUCAUAUGACCUCC